GCACACACGUGUAGGCACACACUUGCACAUGCGUAAGCACACACACGUGCAGGCACACAGACACGCACACACACACGUGCAGGCACACACACGUGUAGGCACACACUUGCACAUGCGUAGGCACACACACGUGCAGGCACACACGU